AUGGAUCGUCCACAUCACCGGGCCGCUAACCAUGCAGGUCCUGCUCCAGUUCGACCGCCUGUACGACCUAUUGGAGGGGGUGCAGUUAUCGGCGCAGCCGGACACCUCCGCCUGGAGGUUCACCGCCGAUCAGUGCUACUCUGCCUCAACAAGGCCGCCGGGAAGGUCUUCAGGAUCGGCCAUCUCGGCAACCUCAAGGAGCUGCAACUACUGGGAUGCCUGAGCGGCGUGGAGAUGGUGCUCAAGGACGUGGGGUACCCGGUGAAGCUCGGCAGCGGCGUGGCGGCCGCGGCGGCGUACCUGUCGAAUUACACACCUCUCAUCCCGUCCAGGAUCGUCAAGCACGCGUGGAAGCGGUACAACCUCAGCCUCGGCCUCGGCCUCGGCCUCAACAAGGUCGCCGGGAAGGUCUUCAGGAUCGGCCAUCUCGGCAACCUCAACGAGCUGCAACUGCUGGGAUGCCUGAGCGGCGUGGAGAUGGUGCUCAAGGACGUGGGGUUCCCGGUGAAGCUCGGCAGCGGCGUGGCGGCCGCGGCGGCGUACCUGUCGAAUUACACGCCUCUCAUCCCGUCCAGGAUCUGA